CUCCGCUCCCUCCCUCCCUCCGUCUCUCGAGCUCUCUGGAACCUGCGCGAGCUCGACCGCAGCCGUUCGAUCAGUGGUAGCUUUCAAAUGGGUUCCUGCAUGUCGUGCUCCCAGACGGCGGCGAAGGAGCCCGCCGGCGCCUCCUCGUCCCGCGCCCGGUCUGGCUCCCAGAGCUGGAAGGCGAGGAAGAAGCUACAAGAGCAGGAGGGGGCGAAGGGCGAAGGAGGAGGAGGGGGAGGACGGUGGCCAGCGGCCGUCUCCGUCUUUGGCGACGUAAGGGAGGACGAACUCCACCGGUUGCCCGAUCGGUUGUUCUUGAAUGGCGCCACCGAGGCUGCGUGCCUCUAUACUCAGCAGGGGAAGAAGGGGACCAACCAGGACGCCAUGAUCGUUUGGGAGAAUUUUAUGCUGAGAAGUGACACAAUCUUCUGUGGAGUGUUUGACGGUCAUGGUCCAUUUGGUCAUAUGGUUUCCAAGAAAGUCAGAGAUUCUCUUCCUCUCAAGCUAUCCGAUCAAUGGAGAGCUAAUUUUAAUGGCAACAAGGGCCCUCAUCAAUUUAAUAGCAUGUCUGGAGGGACGGAUUCUGUAGAAACAACAUCAAUUACCAUUGACGAUGAGUUCAGUGAUUCCUUAGAUGUCGAUGAGAAUGAAACACUACCUGCGAUGUAUCUUCCACUUAAGAAGUCUAUUCUGAAGGCCUUUAAAAUAGUGGAUAAAGAAUUGAAGUUCAACCCUACAAUUGAUUGUUUCUGUAGUGGAACUACAGCUGUUACUGUUGUAAAACAGGGGCGGGAUCUUGUAAUAGGGAACCUUGGGGACUCAAGAGCAGUAAUGGGCACACGGGACAAGCACAAUAAUUUGAUUGCAGUAGAGUUGACUGUGGACCUGAAGCCCAAUCUUCCAAGAGAAGCAGCCAGAAUCCAGCAAUGCAAAGGAAGAGUUUUUGCCCUGCAGGAUGAACCAGAAGUUGCCCGAGUAUGGUUACCAAACAGUGACUCUCCUGGCUUGGCCAUGGCCAGAGCUUUUGGGGACUUCUGCCUCAAAGAUUAUGGUUUGAUAUCUGUUCCAGAUAUCUCAUAUCGUCAUCUCACUGACAAAGAUGAAUUUAUCAUUCUGGCUACUGAUGGGGUUUGGGAUGUUCUUUCAAACAAGGAAGCUGUUGAUAUUAUUGCAUCAGCACCAACCCGUGGAACUGCUGCCAGAGCUCUUGUUGAUUGUGCGGUUCGAGCUUGGCGAUUAAAAUUUCCUACCUCAAAAAUUGAUGACUGUGCUGUUGUCUGUCUAUACUUGGAUAACCCAUCAUCAUCUGACCAAUCUCAGACAGUCCACUCCAAGAAGUCGCCUAUUCAGCCAGCAGUAUCAACAGCAGUAGUAAUAGAUGAUUCAAUUGCGGGUGGAGCUCAAGUUCGUGCUUCCCCAUUGGAAUGCUCGCACACUCUUCUUGAUGCUAAUGAGAUUGUUCCAGUGUCUGAGGUAUCCAGGGUGCCAAGGGUGGCAGAAAGAUCCCAGUCUAGUAAGAGUCUUGCUGAUUGUAUAUCUGCGACAGAGGAUGAGGAAUGGUCUGCCCUAGAAGGUGUUACGCGAGUCAACUCCUUACUUAAUCUUCCGAGGUUUUUGUCUGGUGACAAAGGGUCGACAAGUCGGAAGAAAUGGUUUUGAGGAUGAUCUUGAACAUGAAAAUUUGGAACAUGCUAUUUUGGCCGUUCUUUCCAUUAACUAGUAUCACAAAAGGAAGAUGAGGCCAAGUAAUUGGAGUUUCUGUUCAAAAUCAUGAUGCUACAUGUACUAUUGUUCAUUGGAGAAUCAUACUUCACAGGUUUCAUUACUUGUGUAAAUAGGUUUUGUUCCUUUUUAGGUGUGAGGAAGCUUGUGAAAUAUGCAUCCAAUGUUCAUGAAACACAAAUUGUACAAUGUUGAUUCCUUCUUUUGCCAAACAGAAAAAUUCUCCCAUUCUACUA